CUUAAAGGUAUAACUUCAAGUUGUACAAUAAAAACAAGGGCUAAUACCACUGGGAAACCCGAACUAUUAACUUUGUAUCAUUUGUGUCCUAAAGUAUUCGAUAUGACAUUUGUGUCCUAAACUAUUUUUCCGUUAGAGUUGACUAGCGUUGACCGUUAGUUUUUAACAGAAAGUCUAGUCAGCGCUUAUGUGGCAUCUGACGUGGAACUUUAUUAUUAUGUUAUAAUUAUUUUUCAUAUAAGGAAAAAAAAACAGUAAACGAAUUGAUUUGGGAUUCUCUCCAGCCAAAUCGCAACUGCCUACCACCGCCUUUCACCACACAAUUCGCCUUUCGUCUCUACCGAUUCGCCACCAAACCCGUCACCAUUCCCCUCCAUCGCCGGUUAAUCGUCAUCACCCCAGGCACCGAUCCAUUCCCCACCACCACCUGCGCCAGAAGGAGCGAGAUUCAGCACUGGCGGCAGUGAGCAGUUCGAAAUCAGGGGAAGAAGAAGAAGAAGAACGAGUUCAGUUCGAAAUCAAGCUAGAUCCGGGAGGAAAACGAAACAAGAAAGCGGAAAAUGGAAGGGGCAAAUUGACUCCCAGCUCUCACCUUCUCUCUCCCUCUCUAUCACCUAUACCCCUUGCCGCUUUCCUCCUCUGCCUCGCGUCUCCUUCGCUCAUCCCCAAUACAAAAGCUAGCGAUUGUGGACGAUGGUGACUGUGAGCUUCGGGAAUUUGGCGGUGACGGUGAGCUUCGGUUUCAGAUCUCCUGCUCUGCACGUGUCACUUCGCUUCCGCCGCCGCGGCGGAGAAUCGUCUGAGUCAGCCAGUGCUCUUGAUUACCUUAUCGUAGAGGGUGUAGGGCUCGCAUGGGUCGAGAAUCAAGGUGAGGGAGUCGUCGGAGUCGAAGGCGUCGUGGAUCUGGAGGAUGUUUGGGUGCGGCGGGAGGAAGAGCAUGACCUUGGGCUCCUUCUCGAGGCAGUCGCGGUCGGCUUGGUCGGCGAGCAUGGAUUUGUCGAUGGUCUUGCAGGCGAAGAAGGAUUUCUUCGUCGGAGAGAAGCACCGGGAGAUCACUGGCGAUUGGGUUCUUGGUUCUUGUCGAUUGGGUUCUUGGUUCUUGUCGUCAAUGGCAGAAUUUGGGGGAGGCGGUGGAUGAGGGGUUCUUGGUUUUUGACAUAAAAAGAUAAAUAAAAUUUAGGUUUAAUCAUUUUUAUAACUUUUUUUAUUUUUUUUUAAUUAAAAAUAUGAGGUGUCACUGACAUGGCAUCUACGUGGCUGCCACAUCAACAAAAGUCAAUGUUAAUGUUGACUUCCGUUUGGUCAACCGUUAUAUAUAACGGUCAACAAAAUCGGCAGGACACAAAUGACACAAAACUAUCAUAGGUUGGGACACAAAUGUCAUAUCGAAUACUUUAGGACACAAAUGACACAAAGUUAAUAGUUCGGGUUUCCCAGUGGUAUUAGCCAUAAAAACAAAAACCUAUAACACCAAUACUAUAUAACAUUGGUUUAAUACAGUUGUAUAUCCAAAACUUUCACGGGUGUGCCAAUAAUAUCCAAAUUUCCCGAAAUACCACUUAUAUCCAUGUUUUAAAGUUGUUCUUUGCCAAAUCUCAAUUUCCCAAUAUAUUUUUGGUUAAAUACACUUGUAUAUCCAAAAACACCUUUAAAGAAUGUGAAGGAAUUGGAUAUAAGUGGUAUUUCGGGAAAUUCGUAUAUUAUUGACACAACCGUGAAAGUUUUGGAUAUACAAGUGUAUUUAACCUAUAACAUUCUAAAAUUUCUCUACUAAUUGUAGGAAUUGCAUUUUCUCCUAUUAUUGUAAAAAUCACAUCUGUUGGUUUGACCAAAAAACCUAAUCCAAGUACAUAUCUAGUUUAGACGGCUUUGAAAGGGGUUCAUUCUGCUUUGACGGGCCCUGGCUCGUUUGGGGCGAUUAAUUCUUGAAACUGGCUGGCUCAAACAACCGGUUUAUGAUAUAACUAGCCUUGUACCCGGUCCGUUGGCCGGGUGAACUUUGUUUGAAAUGGUGAUUGGGACAAAUCAUAAUGUUCGUAGAUAAUUAAAGAUUUUAUCAGUUGGAAGUAUAAUUUAAUAUUAACUAAUAUCGUCACUUGGGUGUUUUUUCUCCUACCGUCUCUACUUUGUUCAGGCUAUUAUUGUCGUCUCGCAUCCUCUUUUAUUAUCUUCCUUGUAAAUAUUCUAAUGUAAGAACCUGGUAGUCGUGUCCCUAAAUUGAAAUGUAAUGUAAGUCUGUGAAUUGUUGAUGUACAUUGUAUGUUAUGGAGAAUGAAAUCCAAGUAGUGGGAAUAAAUUGUUAACUUCCAGGAAAUGGAUUUAGAAAUGUUAGAAAGCUUAUUUAAAUGAAAAUAGGUUUGGGAAAGACAAUUGCAAUGAUGUAUUAGCUGCAGCAUCUUUUUUUAGUAAAAAGAGAAGAUACAGAAGUGUAGAAGAUAGAACCCUAAGAAUAUGAACUACAAACAAAAAGAUAGAAACAUAAAAUACUUUCAACACAAUCACAUCUAGCGAUGGUCAGUGUUUUCCAUUAAUACCAGCUGAAUAUGUUCAUACCAAUUAAAGGAGAUUAAAAAUUGUGCAAUAUUCAUCUCUUAAAAGUAUAGCAUAAGAAACUUAUUAAAAGUUCUGCAAACUUUUUUUCUGAGACAACGUGGCUGUCUUUCGAUAAGAGGUUUCAGAUAGACAAACAUCAAUCUGAAUCAGAGAUGACUUCAAAUUUGCGUUUGUUCUUGUUGCUUGCAGCUGUGCUGUCAAUUUCUGGAGUGGAAUUAGUUGCUGUGGAGAGUGCUCGUGGAGGGGUGUGGACUCCUGGUUCCUUCUUCACAGAUUUGAGGAGUGCUGUAGGGGUGUAAGUGAGAUCACUUUGGAUGGAAUGGCUUGAUGAACAAACAGUUUCUUGCAGUGGACUCCUUGUUUCCUCCUGCCAAAAUUAGUUAAGUGAGUAUGUGUUUAUGAAAUUAUCAAUAGUUCAUCAAAUACUGUACUUGCUGGUAUAUGUAUAUAUUGUUUCAAUUUAAUUUGAAGUUAACAGAGUGUUUGAGCUAAUCUAUAUAGUGUUCUGGUUUUACAAAGAAGGAAAGUUAUUUUCUCUAGAAGAAGCCACGAAUAAAAUGGUUUUUGAUGA